AUGGAUCCGGCAGAGGAGAGAAGACAUUCAAAGAGGCAACAGGAUCACAUAAACAUGCUAGAGUUCGUCAGCGAUUCAGAGUACGGGAUUCCCAAAAGGUGUCCAUGUGGUGGGAGAAUCAUCGAUGAGGUACGCCGGAAGGACGAGUACGACUCUCUUCCGGGGAAGCGGUUCUUCACAUGCAAGAACUACGAGGCUGAUGGAUUCCACUAUCGUCAGCCUUGGGUGAUAGGUGUGCAGGAGGAGAUCGAAAGGUUGACUAAGCGGGUGGUGGAGGCUGAAGAAGUGAUGUUGGGGUCGUCGAAUCUCUGUAAACUGAUCGACAGACUAGAGGAUCAGGUUAAAAUGCUCUCUGAGCAGGUAGAUGACCUCACAGUUCAGGUUGCUACGUUGGAGAAGGUCUGCUUCGAAUGA